CUGCCGCUGCAGCGGCUGAGGUUUCUCCGGGCGCGGGCCAUGAACGUAAGCAAGGCGAGCGAGAUGCUGCGGUCGGCGCUAGAGUGGCGGGCGGCCAAGGGCAUCGAGGCGCUGAGCAUUGACUCGGAGGGCAUGUCCCAGCAGCUGAUGCCGGGCAAGGCCUUUCUGCACCGAGUUGAUGCCCAGGGCCGCCCGGUCAUUGUGGUCCGCAUGCGGGCGCACACCAAGGGCGGGCCUCCUGAGCCCGCCGUCCACCACGUCCUGCUCAUGGUCGAGACCGCCAUCCCUGGAUGUAUCCGCCGGUCUCGCAGUUUGCCGUCAUCGUCGACUUUACCGGCUCGUCCAUGAAGAACUACGACACGGCCAUGCUUCGUGGCGUGCUGCAGGUCCUGCAGACCUCGUACCCUGAGCGGCUGGGAAAGAUGUGGAUGGUCAACGCUCCGUGGGUGUUCUCGGGCGUCUGGCGUCUUGUCAAGGGCAUGCUCGACAAGCGGACCGUGUCCAAGAUCGAGUUUGUCGGCUCCGACUACAAGGACGUCCUGGCCGCUCACUUUGCGCCCGAGUGUCUGCUCGCCUCAAUGGGCGGUUCCUCGCAGUAUGUCUUUGAUCCGGUCGUCUCGCCGCUCGGCGUCCUCUUCCCGCUCCCGGAAUCAGUCGCCGCAAAUCUCACUCUCGACGACGAUCUGCUGAGCGCCGACCACUUUGGCGAGGCUGCCGAGUCCGAGCUGUGGACUGACGACGACCUCGCUGCUCAGCGCUCGCCGACCGCCUUUCUCUCUAUGAGUGACGACGACGACGCCGGCGCCACUGCGGGCGACGCUGGCGGCGACGACGACGAUGAUGAUGAUGAGUUUUUCUCUGGCACCGGUGACUACGUGCCGCACGAUGAGCUGUGACGCCCGCACCAUCACAGGCCCGGCUUGCCAUUGAGGUCGAUGCCUGACGCUCGCAGAACCUCCAGGUGGUGGGCGCGGUAUGCCACGAGCUCCGGGUUGCGGACAAGGGUGAAGGCAAGAUGCCAACGGUUGCGCGCCCGCCGCGAGCGCGGCGGCUCCCGCCGGCGACAGUUGGCAGCAUCGACCGGCACCAGCAGUGGAGUAGCCUCACCUCCGACGGGCAUGACGCCGUAUGCUGCAAACACCUCGGCAGCCGCCACAAACACCGGCGAGUUGUACUGGUGGUCAAGGAGGAGCAUGCCGACAAAGGCCGAGAACCCGGCGUCCCACGCCUCGUAGCCGCGCGGAUAGGCCGGCACGUCUAGCCGCCAGAGCAUGGCAAACUGAAUGACCAGCGCCCAGACCAGCCGCUUCACGGCAGCUGCAAGCCCAGUCGCCAAGUUGAGGUACGUCGAGAGGUAGUCGAAGAGCGAGAACCACCGCCGAUUGCGGAUGAGGCCGCCGUCGUCAAAGUAGACGGCCACAAAGACGCUGCGGAGGAGCCACCACACCACAGCAUUGACGACAACUGUCGCCAGCAGAUGCCGUGCCGCAGUCACCGCCCACGACCGCACCGCCGGAACAAAGAACGUGAGGAGGCCAAUGCCAAGCGCAAGAGUGAGAAUGAACAUGAGAACAAA